CUGCAGUUCGACCUCAAUUAACAGUUGUCUCAAGUGGAUUUGCCUUAAAAUGCUGAUCAUAUUUUGUGCAGUUCUCGUGUUCACAAUCGGGCGAUGCACAGACGACCAAGGCUUUGUGACAAAGACUGUUUGUGUUGGAGAAGAUGUGACUCUGACAUGUAGCCGCCAGUCUGGAUUAGCAGGUGUCUUACUUUGGAUGAGAGUUGUACCUGGAAACGUCCCUGAAAUCUUAGGAGCAACUUAUACUUUUGAUAGUGCAAUUGUUAAUAAGGCUCCUCGCAUUACAACCAAACAGGAGCCUGGAAUAUUUGUUCUACAUAUUACCCAGACAGAGUUGAGUGAUGCUGCAUUAUACUACUGCCAACAAGUGGUUGAACUAAAGACGACAUUUCUGAAUAAAACCUUACUGAGAGUCAACGGACCUGAACCUGAUAUCACUGCCGUCACUCAAGACCUACCAUCUGAUCCAGUCCGUCCAGGAGACUCAGUGACUCUGCAGUGUUCAGUCCUCUCUGACUCCUAUAACAAAACAUGUCCCGGAGAUCACACUGUGUUCUGGUUCAAAGCUGGAUCUCAUGAAUCUCAUCCCAACGUCUUUUAUGCUCAUGGAAACAGUGAGUGUGAGAAGAGUCCUGACGCUGGAUCUCCACAGAAAUGUAUCUACAGCUUCUCUAAGAACGUCAGCUCCUCUGAUGCCGGGACUUAUUACUGUGCUGUGGCCACAUGUGGAGAGAUAUUAUUUGGAAAUGGUACAAAACUGGACAUUCAAGCCUCCAACAUGUCGCCUGGUGAUUGUCACACAGUCAAAACAGUUCUGUGUCUGUCGUGUGCUGCUUUGGCUAUAAGUUUGUGUGUUAUAGCCUUUCUGAUUUACACCAUCAAGACAAAGAAGUGCAAUUGUUGUAAUGCUGCUCCUGUCCUGCAAACAAAUGCUGCAACAACCACAGAUGAUCAACAAAGUCAGCAGGCAGAUGAAGACUCAUUGGUUUAUUCAGUGCCAAACUUCACCAGAGUGAAUCGGAGUGGCAGGAGUAAAAAAAAAGAUGCCACUGCAGUUGAGGAAGAGAGCAUCUACACUGAUGUCAGGGUCUUAAAAAAGGAACAGCGAAAUGUACACUAGGGGUGGGAGAAAAAAGUCGAUUCUCAGGUGCAUCACAAUGCAGAUGUGGACGAUUUGGCAUCAAUUCACAAAUUUCAAUUGAUUAUUCAAAUGUUUAUUAAUAACGUGAUGUUGAUGGAAUGAAAGAGGCAGAGCUCUACCACAAGAGCAGUGCAGGAGCCAGACAGUCUACAGUGCAGACACGCUAGAGUUAAUGUGCAAUUAACUUUCACAGAAGGCAGUGGUUGCAAGUUUGUUUAAUGUCUAAAUAAUUAUAUUUGCGAGGCAAACGUGAAGUAGUUGUAAGUUGGCGGUAAUGGAGCAGAGCAGCGAUCAGCAUGUAAACAAACAAGACUUGCUGACCAACACAUGCUGCAGCAUUGCACAUAUAAAACUCCCGGCCCCUUCAGCAUCUUGGCUUUUCCUGGAGCUAAUGUGCAGCGGAGAGGCUUCUCUCUGCCACUGGAGAUAUUAAAACAACACAUGGGAGCAAGCCACUGUCCCUUUGCUUUGUUACUCUCAUACAGACAGGAGACUGUAAGGUGUUUUCAUAUUAAUUAAUUCUUUAAUUAAUUAAUUAAUUAAUUAAUUAAUUAAUGCAGUUAACUUUUUAAAAUAAAAAGGCUGCAGACCAUCUCCCAUUCAAUAGUACGUAGUAAUUUCAUAUUUCUGGUGAAAUAUUACAGUUUGUAAACAAUGGACACUAAGCCAGCAUAAAUAGUGUGGAUACAAUCCGAAUGUCACUCUCUGUUAUAAAAGCCAGGGUAUGGAAGCAUUUUGGCUUCUGUUAAGUUGAAUGGAAAAGAAACCUGGAAAAGAACCAGACUGUAUGCAAGCAAAUUAAUCUGUUUAAUUAUGGUUCACAUCCAAUACAGUAUGCUGUGUUUUAGCAAAGUAGAAAGUAGUCACACGUUGAGGACAAUAAUACAGUGAUCAAGAAUGCUGAUGCAUUGUGAUUAGGAUUAUGAUGAGGUGCCUGCAGAUUGCUACGGUAAAUGAACACAAAGGUCCUAACUGAUGUUUGUUUAAUCCUUGAAUUGUCCUCCAUGUGGAGAUAAUAGCAACAUGUUAUGUGGCAAAUGUUUUCUCUUACAGCACAUGUAGACCAGAUCUUUAUAUCUUUUGACUUUUAUUUUAUUUCUGUUUUAUCUUAUAGUUUAGAUCAAUGAUGAUGUAAUGUAUCUAUGAUAGGCCUACUGAUGUUUUUUUGUUUUUUUUGGCAAGUUCAGUGUUAAAUGUGAGUAAAAACUUUAAGCUAUUAAGUGGAAAUUUUAUAUUAAAGCUUCCUCUGUUACAAAAAGCAAAAUGAGAACAUUCUUGGA